AUGGCGGGCCUAGAGCGUUUGGAGAUUCACAGCAAGUCCUAUCUGGUGCGAUGGAUCAAGAUGGACCCAGGGGAAACACUAUCCUGGAGCGUGCAGCCACACAAGAAAUCCAUCAACUUUGGGAUAUUCAAGCAUCCGGGAACGAGUAACGCGGGGGCUCCAGCGUUCGAAGACGCUGCUGUCUCGCUCCUUCAGCUCGAUCCUAGUUCCACAUCACAGAGACGUGCCUCGGGAACGAAUUCCUUAAACGAUGCUUCGACCGCACAGGACCAGCUCAGGGCAAAAGGCUUCCUUCCGAUUAUGUGGUAUGGCAAAUGUGAAGCGGACAAGGUGUCAAUGGGAACUUUUCCAGUGGUGGCAGGACAGGGAGGAAUGUAUGGCCUCGUUUUCGACAAUACUUUCUCGAGACAACUUUCGAAGACUGCCACGUUCGUGCUUCUCACGUAUCCUUCAAAUGCCCCACCUCAUGCUACACAUCAUCUUCAAAAUGCCAUGAGUACGACUGGAAUUGGGGGAUCUGGCAAUAAGCCAAGCCCAAAAUUGACGGCGAUGGCAUCGGAAUCGGUAGACAGUUUGCAAAGUCAUCUGGGACCACCAACCAACGGAAGUAGAGGCAAUUCGGUUGUUGGGAGGAAUGAGAGUGGAGAUGCACUAGCGAGUUAUCAUGUGGGCAUUCUUUCGAAACGACGCCGGAAGAAGGGUCAAGGUUACGCAAGGCGCUUCUUCUCUCUGGAUUUUGCUUCGUGUACACUAUCCUAUUACUAUAGCCGCAACUCCUCUGCCCUCAGAGGCGCAAUUCCUCUAAGCUUGGCCGCUAUCGCUGCAGAUGAGAGAAGACGAGAAAUCAGUAUCGACUCGGGUGCGGAGGUGUGGCAUUUGAAGGCUUUAAACGCCAAAGAUUUCGAGGAUUGGACGAGCGCUCUAGAAAAGGCCAGCAACACGGCCCGAAAUGUAGAGAGUGAGCUGCCGGCCAUAUCCGAGCCGCGGUUAAGAGUACGGACUACUGGCCUGCAGAAUGUGGCGUCUCAUCAGGACGAGGAACGGGAAUGGGAGCAGGUGGAAGCGCUUGUGAGUAGGAUUGUUGGCACCCGGGAUGCCGUUCGACGACUGUCCAAAGAUACUGCACCAGGCAAUUCGAAAAGGCAUACUCUACAAGGCCUUGGACUUUCUACCGGCAGUCCAAAUGUCGAAGAGGGAAAUGACUAUUUUGGUGGGGCAGCUGCCCCCGAAAAACGACCGUUCUGGAAGCGAAAAGCCAGCACUCCCUCCACGCCACGAAUGCUACAGCAGGGUGUCUCUUCUCAGCUUGCCGUACCUUCGCCCGCAACUGUGACUACGAUUACAGCAAGUGGAGCUCUUUCUGGUAGCGGUAGUGCCGGCAAGUCUGCUUCCAGGCGAGGAAGAAAGUCUAUGCACGAAGAGUAUAGCAUACAUGAUCACUGUUCUGCAUUACUAAAAGAUCUCGACUCUGUACUUGACGACUUCUCUACCCUUCUUGCAAAUAGCAAACGAAGAAGGAUCCAACCUCCUAAGUCUGCCUCAAGGAACAGCUUAGACUCCACAUCCACAGCAGAGUUCUUUGACGCCGAAGUAGGAGAUGUAGACCGGUCACAAGUAAUGAUUAUCGAGCGUCAUAGCGAAGAAGAUACCCAGCCGUCAGAUGCAGAGGACGACUUCGUUACAGAUUCUUCUUCGAUCUCAUCCGGGGAUGAGCAAGACUUGACUGUGCAUCUCAAUGGGACAGCUGCACUCUUCCCGACGAAACCAAAAACGUUAGAUCCUCUCCCAAUAGCUACCUCUGUCAAACGCAGGAAGGUUGUCCCAGUAGCGACCGUCAUGCCACCAAGUCUGAUCGGCUUUUUACGCAAGAAUGUUGGCAAAGAUCUAAGCACUAUUAGCAUGCCAGUCAGCGCAAAUGAGCCAACUUCUUUAGUACAACGUGUUGCCGAACAGUUGGAAUACGCUCAUCUUUUAGAUACAGCAGCCACUCAAAAGUCCGCAACUCAUAGACUCCUGCAUGUUACUGCUUUUGCUGUCUCCCAAUUCAGUAUGAAUCGUGCGAGAGAAAGGGCGAUUCGCAAACCGUUCAACCCCAUGCUCGGAGAAACCUACGAGCUUGUGAGGACAGACAAAGAGGUUCCAGGUGGCUUCAGAGCCUUGGUAGAGAAAGUCUCACAUCGCCCCGUGAGGAUGGCUUGCCAAGCUGACUCGUCAAAAUGGUCACUGAGUCAAUCUCCUGCUCCUUCACAGAAAUUUUGGGGCAAGAGUGCUGAGCUUGUCACAGAAGGUCGUGUCAGGGUGGUUCUGCAUCUACUGGAUGGAAGCGACGAGCUCUACAGUUGGAACGUAGCAGCAGCAUUUCUACGAAACGUUGUAAUGGGGGAGAAGUAUGUCGAACCUGUUGGAAGCAUGACCAUCACCAAUGAAACGAUUGGUAGCAAAGCUACGGCCGAGUUCAAGCAGAAAGGCAUGUUUGGAGGUCGUAGUGAGGAUGUGCAAGUGGAAAGUUAUGACGCAGAUGGUGUACACACUGGCGUUGGCCUAACAGGAAACUGGACGUCGCAUUUGAGGAUACUAGAAGCUGGCAAAGCUGCGGGCCCCGAGAUUUGGCAUGUUGGCGAACUGGUCGAUAAUGCUCCACAAAGGUAUGGAUUCACGACAUUCGCAGCAAGCCUCAACGAAGUUACCGAGAUCGAAAAAGGCAAACUCCCGCCUACAGACUGUAGAUUACGACCCGACCAGCGUGCUGCAGAACAAGGUGAUCUCGACCAAGCCGAGCAAUGGAAAUCGACACUAGAAGACAAUCAAAGAAACCGAAGAAGACAUCUUGAAGAAAAAGGUGAAGUUCACAAGCCACGAUGGUUCGUCAAAGUCGAGGGUGGUGAUGAUGGUGAGGAAGUAUGGAAGCUGAAAGGUGGCAAAGAGGGUUAUUGGGAGGAAAGAGCAAAAGGUCAGUGGAUGGGCGUAGAGAAUGUUCUCGCACUUUAG